UCGACGCAAGACAGAGAAACGCACUUUGAAAUGUACACUCCCAGUCCCUAUGGUGCCGCGGCGGUUGCUCAGGACAGAGGCUACUCUGUUGGCUUCGGUGGAUUCGACCCGAUUGGUCUUCUAGCUGGACUGUCCUUCAUUUCAUUCCUGCUGCACGCCCUCCUGUCGUUCCUGUUUCGACCCUCUCACUCCGCAGGGUACUACCUGCCGCACGGAAACGCAGCCAGCAGCCGCCAGGGCGAUAGCAGUUCAUCCCACAACCUGCUUGACUCCGCCAUCGACUUCUAUGACAACAUGAACGAGGGAGUCAAGCUAAAGAACAGACAUUGAAUUUUCUGCAAAAGCGAUAAUGUUAUUUAUUAGCGAAACUAUUUAUUAUCAAUGAAGCAAGGCAUCAAUAAAUCCGUCC